CGUGCGGUUAUCCUCGCGGUUCGUUAUCCUGGCCAGCCUUUAACUCGCCGCGAUUCCUUCCUGCGAUACGUGAUUUUGCGCGUAUUUCAAUUAACAAAAAUAGUUUCGCUUUGGUUCGAGAGUGAAGCUCGGGUGUCAGCCCGAAAUUAAAUAUGUAAAUUAUUUGUGGAGUGGCCUGUAAUUGAACAAACUAUGUACGUGCCGCUUGUUCCAUCUAUGAGGAUUAAUUUCGGAUUAAUUAAUUUCAAGUGCUGAGUGGGACGGUUUUUUAUUUGUGUUUGCACCUGAUUAGCGGACAAUUAUUGCGAAUCGCCCAUUAAAAGCACCCCGAAUGGUUAAAUACACCAAAUAAAAGUAAUUCAAUUUAUUUUGUGCUGGACAAAGAAUAACAUGGAAGUGUCUGUACAAAGUUAAACAGAAAAAAUAAAAUUAAAUUAAAUAAAAUAAUAUGAAAACUGUGUGAGCAAUCUACGUAUGAAAAGCCAACAACAGACUGGCGGCGGGAAAAGCAUCAGCUGCGGAAAAGUAAACAUCAACUUUUGGCUGUUUGCACAGUAUCCGGGACUUCAUAAUUUCAUCCGGUUGUAUUUAAAUUAUACUCAAGGUUCCUUUGUAGGCACGGUAUUCUCCACGAGACUGGAUUUUCGCAUGCCUGAGAUUUACUCGUAAUCCGUGCGAAAAAAUGGGCCAAAUGUCAAUGAGUGACUGGGCCGUGGCAGCCAGGAUCGCCAGGAUGCCAAUUCACGUCCUCGCCGAAUGAUAAGCUAGCUGCUGGCUAACAAAAAAAGAGGGUUAAACCUUAAGAGCGGGGCCAGAGCAAAAGCCAAGUCAAUGACCCUCGUCCGGAUAUCCGCGACCAUAUGGCUGCUGACGCUCCUGCCGGCGGUCCUGCCCCACCAGUCGGAUGCCGCCCAUGUGGUGCACCCGGCGGACCAGAAAUUCUCGCUGCCCGCCGUCCCGCUGCCGCCCCCGCCGCCCUUCACCCCCGGCAAGAAUCACUUUGCUCUGAACGCAUUUGCCGGCGAACAUGCCGGGGGCGGCCACGCCCCCUCCAGCUCUCCGGGAUGCGGCGGGAUGCUGAGGGCACGGCACGGCAUCAUCCAGACGCCCAACUUCCCACACCGCUUCACCACGCCCAUCGAAUGUGUGUGGAUAAUCGAUGCCUCCGAGAUGCCGGCUCCAGGACAGGGCAAUGUGUCCAUCGUGGUGUACCUGACCCAAUUGUACGUGCUCAGCGGACUCAAGUUCACGGAGUACAUGUACUACUCCGAUGACUUCAAGGUGCCCGCCCACCGGGUGUUCGCCCUCAACGAGGACGACGUCACCCAGGUCACGUGGGUGCAGUUCCACAGCCAGUACCUGGAGAUACGGUUCACCAUGGCCACGCUGGACGGGACGCACCUGCGGGCUCUGGAUCGCCUGCUGGACGUCUAUGGGUUCAACAUAACCUACGAGGUGCAGAACGAGGUGAAGUCGUCCCAGUGCAACACGCUGCAGUGCCGAUUCCUAGGAGAUUGCUACGCCAGUUCCGACUACAGCUCCUAUGGAUGCUCCUGUUUUCCCGGCUUCAGCGGCAGCGACUGUGGUCAUGGUCCCCUGUGCCAGGACCUCCACACCAACAUCUGCCAGAACGGAGGCACUUGCAAGCACAUCGGCGACGCCGCCAUAACUUGCCACUGUCCGAAGGGCUUCAAGGGGACCAGAUGCGAAAUACCCGAAAUAAACGAGAUGACACAGGGCUGCACCAGCAACACCAGCUCCAUCGAAUGCCAUAUGGCCUGCGACUUUGACAAUUUCAGUCGUUCUGUGUCCUCUUCUGGUCAAAGUUUUUCCGUCCUCAAAAGUAACAGGAACUUGGCCCGCAGCGGAAAAACUCGAUAUGAGGUCACCAUGCGUCUUGGUGCCAACCUAACUGGGUAUUAUCGACAUGCCGACCGGGAACAGUUGUCGGGCGUUAUGGAAAGACAGCUUGGUCGUGUUCUGCGCAACUUCAACAUCACGAAGAUUAGCGAUCUGGAACUGAUAUCAAACUCCACCGAUCGCCUGGACAUCACCUUCCACUUCUUUGGCAUCAAAGGCGACUCGCAGCGUAUCCGGGAUGCCAUCACCAGGAUGGUGGAGCGCGGCAGGAUUGGGAACUUCACCCUGGUGGCGAACUUCCACCACUUCGAUGAGAACCCACCGCUGGGUUUGCUGGAGCUGAGCGUCAAUCAACCGCAAUCAGGAGCCCGCGAGGCCAGCGAGUUCAUCAUAUCCUGCACCGCCCAGGGCUCAUCCCGGAUGCAAUUCCAGUGGUUCAAAGACGGUGCGGUGGUGAAUGCCAGCAAGGCGACGAGGGAAAUCUGGACCACUGUCCUACCGCCCGAAACUAAAGAUGUCUACACCGCGAUUCUGGGCGUCACCAAAGCGAGUCGGAUCGACGAGGGCGUCUACAGCUGUAAGGUCACCGACUGGGGCGUGGAGCAGUGCCGCUCCCUGCACAUCCACAUCAAGUCCCCGCCCCGUCUGCGCGUGGAUCCGGCGAGUGUGACCUUGCAGCGGGGGGAUUCGCUACGGGUGCGAUGCCUGUCACCCGGCAACGACGACAUCAAGCGGUACGCCCAGCUCGGCUACAGCUGGACCCGCAACGGGGUGCUCUUCCAGUCGGACGCGGGCACGGCCAUGUGGGAGGACCUCUACCCCGACGGCAGCAUCCUGAAGAUCAACAACAUCCAGAAGUCGGCGGAGUACGCCUGUCUGGUGUCCAAUAGUGUGCGUCCGGUGUCCCGGAGUGUUUACAUCAAUGUCAUCGAGCGAAAUGCGGCGCAUGUGUGUCCGGCGGAGUCCACGUACGGCAUCCACUGGCCCACCAGUGCCCCCGGUGCCCCCAUCAUCACCGACUGCCCGCGGGGAUUCGAGGGUCACCUGCGACGCAUCUGCGAGCAGCGGGACACGGGCAACUCCACCUGGCUGCUGCCCGACUUCUCGGGCUGCGUGAGGGACGAGCUGCUGCUCAUCUACAACCGCUUCCUGGCAUUGAGUGCCGGCUUCCAGCAGACGAACUCCUCCAACAUCCUGAAGUCCUGCUUCGACUUCACCCUGCAGCGGCGACACAGCUUCCUGCCCGGCGAGGCAAGCUUCCUCAUCGACAUGCUGCACGAGCUCGACACCUACCUGCAAUUGAAAGGCACACAACUGGAGCGUGAGAUGGCCGCGGAGAUAAUACUGCGCAUCCUGGAUAAAGUCAUGCAGAAUGCCCAAUCCCUGAACAGUCAACAGCAAAUUAAAAAGCUGCAGCAGCUAACGCAAUCGGCGGCGCUGAACCGCGAGACCAUCGCGGCCUCCCAGUUGGCCACCUCGACCAGCGGCAGCAGUCAGCCGGCGGCAGGUGACAGUUCGACCCGCGGCGACGAUGGCAGCGGGUCAGGGGUCACGGCGGGCGAGGUUUCCGCGGGUCCUGCGGGCAGCCUGCAGGCAACACGAGCCGGCGGCGGAGGAGGAGUGGGAGGUGCAGGAGGAGCAGGAUCAGGAUCAGGAGCCCCCAGCAUCCUGACUGUCGAUGAGGACACGCUGUCGCUGGACCGACUGAACUCGCUGCGCAUUUACAUGACAUCGGUGAAAACGCUGCCGUUUAAUUUACGCAUUUACGGCGAGGAUUUGUUUUCGGACCAGCUCUAUAUGGACAUUGGACUCUCGGCCCGGCUGCUGCACAUCAUGGCCAACUCCACGAUAUUCGCCUCGGUCAUCUCCUACAAGAACCUGAAAAGUUUCCUCCCCAAAACCUACUACACGCGUGGCAGCGAUCCCCGGGACUCGGACUACGUGCUGGCCUCGCGGAUCAUCCAGACCUGGCUGUUCCAGUCGAAUCGCUCCAACGACAACUUCCGCGAGCCCCUGGAUCUGCCCUUCGAGGCUGGUCAUGUGGAGAUUAUAUUUCAGCACGAGAGUGUUCCGAAGACAGGCGAUUGGGUGGCCGUUUGUGGUCACGACUACAAGGCCUCCUUCGACUCCACCUGGCGAUCGGAUCUGUGCAUCACCAAGCACCUGAUGGCGAACAUAACGCGCUGCAUCUGCCCGCUGUCCGGAACCUACGUGGUCAUGCUCACCAAGCGCCAGCUGAAUGCCACUCCGUCGCACGUCCCGCGGCGUCCCAUCUUCGUGAUCGCCAGCUGCGCCUGCUGCCUCCUCCAGUGCGGAUCCGCCCUGCUCAUCCUGGGUCCCAUCUGGUGCAAUCGCAAGUGCGCGGUGACGUUCCUCAAGAUGCAGUUCUGCGUCUCCACCUCGAGUGUGAUGCUCAUCUACUUGCUGGGAUUCAUGAAAAUGCUGCCGGUGAGCUGGCACGGCAUCAUUAGCAGCUCGCUGGCCUCGCUGUUGUUGCUCGGGAUCUCGACGCUGAUUGCGAUUGCCUUGGCCAUCCACACGGAGCUGAUGCCGAAGAAGUAUCUGCAAAUUGGCAGCAAGCCGGGCACGCCAACUAAGCGCCGCCUGGAGCGGGAACGGGAACGGGAGCGGGAACGGGAGCUGGAGAGCUUGAGCAAUAUCACGCAGAUCCGGGCUCAGUCGCCUUUGGGGGCCACCGCCUCAUCCGCCGCUCCUGGCCAGCGCCGCCCACCGCCCAGCUCGGCGGCGGGAUUGCGCGGUGCCAUUGGCAUCAGCUGGCUCCUGCCGCUCCUGUUCGCCGUCGCCGCCCCGCUAAUCUGCAGCAUCAUCGGGAGGUGGCCGCGGCACUGGUGGUUGGAGGUCCUCUGGUCCUCGGGAACCGCCUUCCCGGAUGCCGCCGCGGGCAGGCCGGAAACGGAGGAAUCGGAGACGGAGUCGGAGUACUCAACGCACUCGCUGCUCAAUGGCGAUAAUUUACUGCUCGAGUCGGAGGCACUGCUGGGAAAUGGAACGAGCCCGCCAACAGAGACCUCAUCCUCAUCCAGUCGGGCGGUGGAUGAUGUGGCCACGUCAACGUCAUCAAUCACGGGAGGGACAGGGACUGCAAGUGGAUUUGGUCAGGAGCAGCACUGGCGGGGGCGGGGCAGUAGCUCCUCCACUUCCGUUUCCGCGCUGGCUGCGCCUCUAACUUCCGGCCUGAGUGACGCUUCGACAGCGCCAACGCCCUCCUUGAGCUUCAUCCUCUUCAUCUGCAUCGAUCUGCUCUUCAUCCUGCUCUUCUGUGCGCUGUUUGCCAUUUUAAUGAAGAAACUUUUGUGGUUGUGGCACAAGAAUCGCAAUGUGCAUACGCAUCCGUUGGAUAAAUUCAAUCUGGCUUUGCGAAGGCGAUUUGGACUGCUCUACCGGGCGGGCGGAUUGCUCCUGGCCAAACUCUGCAGCGACGGACUCUUCAUCGCUUAUGUUAAUUCAUCGCCGGAUACUUUGUGGGCAUAUCCGUUCGGCAUAUCGUGCAUAUUAUUGGGCGCGGCCAUCCUUAUCUGUUUCGUCAUCAAAGCGGAGAGCCAGCUGCGAGGACCACCAUUCCUCAGCAGCAACGGGAGCAGCCAGAACAGCUCGCUGAAGCAGGCCAAGUUUAAUACGAGCAGGAGCAGCCUGGACGAGAACUACUGCACCACCACGACGACGGCCAACGUCAAUAGUCCGCUGAGCUUCUACACGAACCACGACAAGGAGAAGGAGAACGAGUGCGGCGUGUCCUUGUCAAUGUCCAGUGCAGGCGUGUCCUCUGCAGCAGUCGGAGCCUUGGCCUCGUCGGCCGGCGGAGGUGCCCCGCCCCUGCAAUCGAAGGUGGGCCUGGAGAUGUCCGCAGCACCGGGAUCCGGUGUGCCACUGCCGUUGACAAUCAUCUCGACGGCGCCGCGCUGCCAGGCAGGAGCAGAUGGGCCGGCGGAGUCCUUCUUGGGGGAUCGUCAGACCCUGUCCGUGGCCCCCUCCCCCGACACUCGUUGCUGCGCCAUUUUGGGCGGCGGAACCGCCUACGAUGCGUACACCAUGGGCAUGGGCAUGGGCGUCGGAGUGGGAGUGGGCGGACUCACAGGGAGCCUGGGCAGGCGUACACUGCAUCAGCAGCCGACGCAUUAUCGCCCAGGACCCUGCGGCGAGUUUGUGGGCGUCGAGACGCUUGAUAUCCUGCAGGGCGUGGCAGCAGACAGUAUAAUUGGCAUUCACACCAGUGCCAUAAUGCCCACGGCCACCAGCACUUCUCAUUAUGUUCCGCUGCAGCAUAAUCCCUACGUGGACUUUGUGCCCAGCUCCCUAAUCCUGAGUAUGGCGCCGCCUCCGACCAUAAGUGGCAACCUGAGUGGAGCGGCGAUUCCCGGGAUGUCCCUGCCCACCCAGACGCCAAAGACGCAGAAGCGAGUGACCAUCCUGGAGCCCACGUCCCGCACGACCUUUGACCCCCUGCUGCCCACCAUGGUGGCGGCUGUGGUCUCCACGUCGACGGUCACCAGCACGGCGACCACGACCCCAGCCACGCCCACUCCCACGCAGAGUGGCAGUGGCCAAUGCGGUGCCAAUGAUGCAACGCUGGACCGCAUCACCCUCGAUCUGGACUACUUGCUGAACCGCGGGGGCGGGGAUGCCCCAGAGGGGGCGGGGUGACACCACAACCGCCCACCGGUGAGGACAACCAGCAAAAACAAUAGCAGUAUCUGUAAGUUGGGAGGCCCAUCCGACACUAAGAUGCAUUUAAGAGGCUUCGUUUUUCUACUAUAAACUGUAAAUAUAUGUAAAUCAAUUUUCAAAACUAAACUACAGUAGAAAUCUCUGUGAAUAUUCAUGUACGUAUGCAUCAAAUAUACUUAAAAUGGUAGUAAUCAGUUGAAGUCAUGGUUUAACCCAAUACUUUAUCAAAUGAGCCCAUCCAGCCCUUGUUUUGGUUGAACCUGCCAGAUUCUGGCGCGGCUUAAAUAGAACUUCCAGUUCAAUCAAUCCAUGAAAUGUUCAAAAUUAAGGUCUUUCAAAGUGAUUUGAACAUCAAUCAUACCUAGGAGUCAUAAUUAGAAUACAAAUUUAACUUUAUGUCAUUGCAUAUGUAAACAAAUUGAAAGAAUUUAAACUCAAGAUAACUUUUUAGCUAGAUUUACAAAAGCCUAUUAAACAAAACACAAUGAAAAUGGAAAAUUAAUGAGCGAGAACACAGCAAGGUGUGAAAAUGUUUUUGAUUCCAUUUAAAGUUUUCCUAGAAUUAAAGCAAAAUUAAGCCCCCAUUAAGAUACAAAGAUAAAAACCUACAAAAUACAAUAAUUGUAAAACUAAUAAACAUAACAGGACUAUUUCUGGAACAAAACAAAUUAUACAGAUAUAUCUUU